UUGUUUUAAUUUUAUUCUGAUUUUGAUGUUUGUAUUAUGUUUUGAUUGAUGUUUGUUUUUAAUUCUGAUUUUUAUUUUGAUGUUUAUUUCGGUGCCUUUUCGUGUGUUUUUAUCGUAUGUUGUGUUGAUUUGUUUGAUUUCAAGUUUACAUUGUUUCGUUGAUGUUACUGUUAUAAUUAUUAACGUCUAUCAUCGUGGGCCAACAACCCACAGAAUGCCUGACUGGGCUCGUCAUAUAUUUUUAGUGUUAAUGCCUCGUCUACUGUGCAUGAAGCGUCCAAAAGCAACAAUUAGUAGCUUAACAAAAAGAAUUAGCAGCAAAAGUAUAACAACCAUUCCCGGGAUUGGGAAAUUUGAUGAAACAAUUUCUCAAAAAAUACAUCACCAACACUGUCCCGAAGGGAGAAUUAAAGGAGCUAUACACGAACCAGAAGAGACUGGGGACCCAAUAAUUAAAAAUGGAUUUCCUUUGAGUUUAGAAGCUGCUAAAGCUGUAGAGGCUGUUGAAUAUAUUACCGAACAUUUACGACGUGAAGAGGACCAUAAAAUUCAUCGAGAUGAUUGGAGAUUUGUUGCGAUGGUAAUUGACCGAUUCCUCCUAUACAUUUUCUUUGGAGUUACUUUGGGUGGAACUAUAGGUGUUUUAUUUUCUGCACCAACAGUUUUUGAAUCGGUAGACCAACAAGCUAUUCUUCAAAGAUUAAUACAUGCUUAUGAAAGUGGAAGACAACUUUAA